AUGGCUACAGCUUGUGAGAACAAAACAGAUCUGCUUGAUCCGAUGGAUGCUGGACCAUCAGACAUUCCAUUUCAGAGUCUCCUACAGAUCCAGGGCCCUGUCCACCAGCCAGGAUUGAUCGACACAGCACCUUAUUCCGACCCUACAAAACUAUCUGAUGGCCCUCAACCUUCUCAACUGAUCUCCCUGCAGCCAAAUCCUUCCCCUUUAUUUCCUCACCAAAUCUUCCAGCAGUCAGCUCAACAGAAGUCUCCAAAAAGUGCACAAAGAAUUGGUAAGAGUUCCUAUAUUGCUCUUACCUGCAGUACGUUGGAAAUUCCAGCACCACAAUCCGAGACAACCAGUCAAUCUGUCAUCCACAAUGAUCGAGAACCACCUCACCGUUUCUCCCAUAAGAGUGGACCAGGGAUUGAAACCGCAGCCCAUGAGACUGGACAAAGACAGUACCAACUUCUGGUGAAUAUGAAUCAGGUCAAGCUGAGAAAGCAGAGUAAGUAUGUGUGUAGUCAUUGUGGGAGAGACUGCUUAAAACCCAGCGUCCUGGAGAAACACAUCCGUUCUCACACCGGAGAACGGCCAUUCCCAUGCACAACUUGUGGGUUUUCCUUUAAAACUCAGAGUAAUCUGUAUAAACACAAAAGGACACAAACACACGUGAAUAAUUGUCGCCUUCUAACAGGUAGUGAGUCAGGUGCCAGCUCAUCACUGAAAUGUGUGGAUGCCAGACAUUCGGAUAUAAAUAUUCAACAGGAGGAUGGGCAGAAAGGAAGUGGAUCCUGUCAACAUGUGCAGCUAGUGCCCAAAUCCAACAACAUGGACCAUUUAGGGCACCAGGGCUACCCAAAUGUAGUGCCCCAAGACAUGUUUUGGAGCAGGACUUCCACUACCGAGAAGGGGGAGAACGAGGUAACUGAUGGACAGAAACAGGAUGUCCAACAACAGGAAACUCCAACUGGAAACAGGCAGAUUUCUUUACAGAGACAACAGGCAACAUAUUUUGCUAAACAGUGGAUCCACAAAUCUUCAAGUUCUAGUGUGCAGACAAAUGAAAGUACAGAUUCUGGAUACUUUUCCCAUUCGGACAGUUCUGACCAGCAGUCAUGUUCCUCAGGUUCUGUACAGAGUUGUCAAGGGCAGAGCACUGAUACUGAGCCAGGGAGAGCCUCUCAGCCCAGUCAGAGCUUGAUUAGUGCUGAGCAGAGUACUGAUGGACUAACAAUAGGGGAAAAAGCUGUGCAACGAAUGGAUAGGAACCAGCUUGGGAAACUGGAGCUGGGAGAACGAAUCUCAAAACUGAUCUCUGAUAACAAGGCUGUCGUUGAUGACAAACAUUUAGAAAAUGUGCGGCCAAGAAAAAUGGUUAUUUCUAAACAGGGGAGCAUUGAUUUGCCAAUGCCUUAUACAUUUAAGGAUUCCUUUCACUUUGACAUGAAAUCUAGUCAAGCCAAUAAGAGAUCAAAUCUUUCGUCCAAUUUACCAAAGGCCAUCCCACCAUCCCCAGGCAAAUUACAGCAAACAUUCCUCUCAUUACCUUCUCAUCUUGCCCCGACUGUUGAUUGUUUACCAGUUAUAAGAAGUAAUUCGUUGCCACCAGGCGAGUAUAGUAUAUUAUCCAGAGAAAUAGCCAAAGUUUUAAGCUCUGGCCCAGAGAAGCAUUGCUUACAGAAGACGCCCUCCGCUGCAUUACACACUGAGAACUCACUGUCUAGAUCACUAGACUUCCAUCCAUCACACCAUCGAAUCCUGGUCAGGCAAACUGCUCUUGAGGACUCUCUGGCAUGUGCUCCCAUUGUGGAUGGGUCCUCCACUCCCAGUGAAAAGAUCUCCAAUGUUACUGAAUUUCAUUCAGUGUCAAAAAGCAAGCACAAGUCCUUAGAAAAGAGAAACAGCCAGAAAAAGCUGACAAAAUUCUCCCAUGAGAAGUGGUCCAUAUACGGGGAAGAGACGUUUAGAAAGAAAUACCAGGCAGUAAAGAGAACUAGCAGUGCCAUGCCUACCCUGCAAUUUGACAACCGAGUCACACAGGUUUCCACAAUAAACAGUGCCAACCAUACCAUGGCACAGGACAGAGCGAUCACUGUCUUCUCUGAGAAUCAACACACCAGCUCACUGGCCACUUCCUCAAUUCAUAAAAUCCCUGUUAGAAAGCACCUUUCAGAUCCAUUGAUUUUUGGCCCAGUGAAGGUUACAACGUUCAAUAGUCAGAUGUUUCAGACACGGUUUUUACAGAGCAAUUGUGACAAUCCUUCACUCAGUCAGACAAAUCUAGAUCCUUGUCAUAAUUCAGUCAAAACCAAGAGUCCAUUGGUCCAGGAACUGCCUGUUAUCACAACCUCCAGUUCAGUCAAGUUGUCGAAUAUAGGUGACAGGCCAGGCCACACAACUUUAGCCAGUGCACUGCAGGGAGCCACUGGCCACAGAACAAAGGGUCUCCAUCUCUUCCAACCAUCAUCUGUACCAAGCCUGCAAAAAGAGAAAGAUCAACAGAGAUCAAUACAGAGGCAUUUCUCACAUGCGAAGCUGGUGAGGCAACUUAGUAUUCAAUUUCCAGAAAAUAAAGCUGUACAAGAGCCAAUCAAAGUGAACAGCCAGCAAGAAAGUCAGCCUGAAGAAUAUAAUGAUGCUAACAAUGGUGUCUCAAAACUUCCACCAGCAAAACCUCCCAAAAAGAAACAAAGACUGAAGUUAGUUGAUAUUGGAAAUCCAACUGAGGAUAUACAGUUUGACUCCGAUUUACCAGGCAUGAUUGUUCCUAGUCAGCCAUUUCCAUUUGUUGGCAUCCUGACCUCAAAUAGGGGGCACGGGCACCUUCAAUGUACCAACUCCCCAAAGCAACUGUCACCAACUGUUUCCAUCAACUUCACUGACCUCGAGCAGGCAUUGUCCAAUCAGCCACAUUCUUGUCCUGGGUCAGUAGCAACUUCAUCCACAUACCUUCUUCAAUUCUUGCCUUCACAUUCAGAGGCCAAGGCAGAAAUAAGGGAAGACAGUGGGAGUGUUGGUCGGCUGAAGGAUUUUCCAUCAUUAUCAGAUGCUGUUGCGGUUCAGGCAAACAAUCCUAACAAGGUUAUCCAUGUGGAAUCUCACGCGAUCCAAUGUGUUACACCAGUACCUCCUCAGAUAAAAGAUUCGUCCUUACAAAAGCAUCAUUUUCUUCCAAAAUAUCAACUCCAAUGGGCCAAGACGGAGCUGAUCGGAUUACCCUCUGCACUGACUGAACAAAUUAUAGUGCACGAGGAGACAAGUAAAGAUGAUUCUCAGGCUUCCCGGUGGAGUGAGCCUAAGGCAUCCCAUCAUGACCAGCAGACAUCACAUCCAACAGUGCAGCCGUCAUUCACUUCUUACCAAACAGGCACUAAAGAGUGGAAAACAGAAGGCUGUGAAAUAUUUCAAUACACCUUCACUAUUUCUGAAGGUGGUCAACUCCCAUCAGCUAUUCGCACUACAGCUGUUGUCACCAAUCUUAUUCAUUUAAUGAACAAGAGAUUCCAGUGGCCUAUUGGCAGCCAACCAGGUGGCAGGCUCCAGGGUGUACCCUGGACAGCAGCUAACAGUCUCCACCAAGGCCGUUGGGCUCCUGUUUGUAGCAUUGCUCAUUCAUUGCUGGGACAAUGUCAACAAGGUGUCAGCAACGUUAAACUGAAUGGAGAAUUGGAAUGGUCAAUGUUAGCUGGAUCUAAAUGUCAGCAACACAUGUGUACUUCAGGUGGCAAAAGACCCCAAAACUGUGUCCAAUGCAGGUCAAUGAGGGAGCGAAGCAUUGUUAUCCCAUCGACUGAGAUCAACUCUGACUAUUCCUCCUUCCAGAAGAUGGACACUCAACCUAAGCUAACCUGGUGUUACCUGAGGAAGACUGUGCCCUUACACACCCAGCAGAAGGACAGGUCCACUUCAGUCUAUGCGACCUGGGGCACCUGUGAAAAUACCUCUGACGGGUCAAGCCUGGCACUGAAGGACACUGUCAUUGUGAACAGACUCCAGCAGAAAGGCCGAGACACCCGUGCUCUGUCACUAAAGAAGCUGCCGAUUACACUGCACUCCCGCUCCAGGUGGAGGUUGGCCCCCAAGUUGCUGAUGACUACCCAGGGAAGGAGGAGGAUGGUGACCAAGCACAGAUAUUCAAGCUGCUCUAACACAGGGCGUCAAGUGGAUGAUUUAUAUAAGAGAGGUUGUGGCCCAGAAAGACACAAAUGCAAGGAAUGUGGAAUCUUCUUUAAGAAACCCAGCAGCCUGAAGAUCCAUCUGCAGACUCGUGCUAAUGAGCAGGCUUAUCAUUGCAAACUCUGUGAUCGAUCCUUCAAAACAAAAGGGAAUCUGACAAAGCAUAUCAAAUCCAAGAUCCACAGUAAGACACAAGCAAAACCGCAGACCUGCACAAAAUCAGAGGAUCAGGAACAGGAAGAAGAAGAUGGAAAUACAGCAAAGGUCCACCGAGCCAAUCAAAGACCACAUCCUAAAAAGGGCACAAGCACUUCAGAACCCAGCUUCACAUCAGUCAGAGCCAGUAUUUCUGUGUUCAGGAGAAGUGCGACCAUCAGACAGCAUUGGAAUGGUUCGGUUAUUACACUUACCUGCAGCUCAUUCUCAGAGCUCCUCUGCUCCUUACAGCUGCCACCUGCAAUUUGGCGGACAAAACAAUGUGGGGAUGACCAGUUUAGAGAUAGUGCAGCCUAAUGUUGUCCUCCUUCC